GAUGGAGCAACCAACACGAUAGCGGCUAAGAACGGACCCGCCUUCCAAGAGAGUUACGUAGGUGUUUUCAGACGGCAGCGUAGAAUAGAAUAUAUAAAGAGGACCUCUCGACCUUCCGAGUUUUGAAUUACCUACAGAGUAUCCAACCAGACCAUCUCAACAGCAAGAAAAAAAUACCGACAACCCUUUAACCUAUUAAUACUUUCAUCGCAUCGUACCUACACACAAUGGCCAACGAGAACAAGGACACCACUUCCACCCUCCAGUCGUACAUCGACUCGGCCACUGGCGCCGCCCAGAACCUCGUGGGUAGCCUGACCGGCAACACUGGCGAUCAGAACAAGGGCGAAAUCAAGAAGGAACAGGCCCAAGCGGAAUACGACGCUUCGCACGCCACGGCCAAACUCCCUGGGUUCGCUGCCUCUUCCUCGGGCGCCGUGACCAAGGAUGACCCGGACCGUAGCAGCGGUGGAUGGAACCAGACGAUGGGCGCGGCCAAGGAGACCGUUGGCGGUCUUGUAGGCUCGGCGGAGCUCAAGGAGCAGGGCCGGCAACAGAACCGCGAAGGGCAACAACAGGAGGCCCGAGGCCAGAUCAACGACUUGACCUCUGGCAUGGGCAACCGGAUCCAGGGAGCAGUCGGCGGCGCCGUUGCCAGCCUGACGGGCGACGAGAGCGGGCAGCAACACUACGAAAACCUGCACGAUGUUGGAAAGACGCAGCAGCGAGGUGCUGAGCACGAUAUUCAGAAGCAGGCCGAGGCUGGUCAAUAGACAUGAGAUCUUCGGAACAGCAAGCGGCAAGGAUGAUGAGCAGAGGAAGCGAAAGAAUUGCCGCGGUGCGUGACUUUUGGCGUUGCUUAACCUGAUACCCUGGGUGGAAAUAAAUGAGAGGGGCGAUGGAGCAUACCUAACGAAUUUUUAGGAGGUCGGGAUCGCUUUAUUUUCCAUCCACCACUUACCUAGAGAAUUCAAACGCGUUUUAAUCCUACUUGGCAAUCAGUGCUCCCAAUGUUCGAAGUCUCGAAGACUUUGGUUGAGGCAUUCCGAGGUCCUCCAAAUCGUCUUCCAAGUGGCUGCAACAUGCAUCGAUUUACCCACCCACCAUUUCGUGACAGAACGAAAUCGAACCCAUGAAAUCGACUCUCCUCCCACC